UUUACUUCAAGAUGGCGGAUAGCUUACUCUGUGUUUUCCUGCAGCCACAUAUAACGUGACCUUAAAGGAGCAGGUAUAUUUUAUUGCGAUGGCGACGGAGUCAACGGGAUCUAGCUCUCAUGUUGAACACCUCCUAGCGGAGAUUGAAUCAAGUGACGGUCUUCUUGGACCAACGUUAAGAGCCGUCUACGAUGGAGAAGAACACACUAACUUUAUGGCUAAACUGGAGGAGCGCAUACGGGUUCACGAUAAGGACAUCGAACGGAUGUGCAACUAUCACUACCAAGGUUUCAUCGAGUCUGUCAAUGAACUGCUCAAAGUUCGUGGUGAAGCACGGAAACUCAAGAUCAAGAUAAUUGAAGUGAAUGAAUCCAUGCAAGAAUCAGGACGUGAGCUCUUAAGCAAGUGUGAAAACCUGAUAUACUGCCGUACAACCCAGAGAAAUAUUGUGUCAGCAAUCGAGAUUCUCAGCCUCUGUUUACCAGUACUAGACAUGUAUGCCAAACUUAAAGAUCAGAUGUGUAACAGAAGGUAUUACCCAGCAUUAAAAACAUUGGAGCAGCUUGAACACACCUAUCUUCCACAGAUAAAAAGAUUUAGAUUUGCAGAGAUUAUGCAAGAAAGUAUACCAGUUGUUAGAAAACACAUCAAAGAAGCAUCAAUGGCUGAUCUAAGGGAUUUUCUGGAGAAAAUUAGAAAGGUUUCUGUCCGGUUAGGCUUAAUAGCAAUGAAACAGGCAAUACAAAAAACCAGCUUGACACUUAUGCCCGGUGUUGGUUUGAAGAAGAAAGGAGAAGAUGAAGAAUUAGACAAAUCUGCUCAAGAUUUGGUAGACUUUUCCCCAGUGUACAAGUGCUUGUACAUUUUUACAGUUGUGGGAGAAAGAGAGACAUUUGAUAACUAUUACAGGAAGCAGAGAAGAAAACAAGCUCGUCUUGCUCUGGAACUAAGCUCUGGAAGUAGAGAUGGAAACCUGGAAGUGUAUAGAUCUUAUUUUCAUCAAAUUGUAGGGUUCUUUGUGGUUGAGGAUAUAAUUCUACACACAACCAAGGGUCUUGUAACAAGGUCAACAGUUGAUGAUCUUUGGGAAAUGGCAGCAAACAAGAUUGCACCUGUUCUCAUCACAUGCACACAGUCGGCCUAUUGUGAAGAGCCAUCUCUGCUUUUAAAAGUGAAAGAACUCAUUGUGUGGUUCUGUCACACCCUGUCAGGUUUUGGAUUUAAUGUAAAUAAAAUUUUUGAUGUUCUUCUUGAAAUGAGACUUCAGUACAAUGAAAUUUUGUCAAAGGAUUGGGAAGCUAUAUUCAAGAAAAUUUUUGAUGAAGAUAACUAUGCACCAAUGCUUUGCCAAGAUGAGACUGAGUACAGUGACACCCUGAAGGAAUUUCCUUUUGAUGACACAGAGGUUGUACAGCAUCCUUUCCCAAGGCAGCUUCCAUUUUCAGAGGGUGUCACUAAGAUCUAUCAAGAGGUCAAACACUACAUAAGGUCAUGUUUAAAAUUCAAUGAAAACCUCAAUGUCAGUCAAACUGAGAUUGGAGAUUCGGUGCGGAAGUCAACAAAUUUACUACUAACAAGAACACUAAAUGGUUGCAUAACAUCUAUUAUUAGAAGGCCAACAAUGUCAAUUCCACAGCUUGUUCAAAUGUCCAUCAAUACAAUUCAUUUAGAAGAGGCCUGCAAUCAUCUUGAAGAGUAUGUGACUGCAGUAACAGGAACCUCCAGUGAAAGAAUUAAUGUUUCGCGAGUUUAUGGGUUGUCGUCGUUCAAAGAUAUGAGAGCUGAGGCAGAACAACAAGUUUACGAAAGACUCAACAUGAAAAUAGAAGACUUUUUAGAGUUAGCGAAUUACAACUGGGUUCCAGUGAACUCCAGAUUGCAUGCCAGUAGCUAUCUGGUGGAUCUGUUGGACUAUCUUCACACCACUUUUCUAAACUUCAGUACGCUGCCGGGCAAUGUGGCCCAGACGGCUUGCAUGUCUUCAUGUAAAUAUCUCGCGACGAAGCUCAGAGAGAUGUUACUAGAUGAAGAGGUGAAGCAGAUGAACUCACACGGCUUGGACGGGUUUAACCAAGAUCUGAGGAAAUGUGAAGAGUUCGUUAACUCCAAUCCAGUAGAGGGGAUAAGCGACGGAACACUACAAAUGACAUUUCUGGAAUUGAGACAGUUGGUAGAUUUGUUGUUGAAUGCAGACUGGUCGACCUACUUUGCUGAACAUGGUUACCCAACAAGUAAAUACAGUAGAGUAAACCCUCAAGUUGUAGCGAGACUCCUGGAGAAGAUGACGGACACGGGGAAGAAGCGAAUUUUAUCAUUAAAGAAAGUCGACCGCGAUCGCAGAAAACUAAAUGAAUCGAUCCUGAAACGACUUAAGACGCUGGAUGCGGAUACUUCGGGAGCUUCUGUAAUGUAUUGAAUUGUCAGUUCUCGUAAUUGAGGAGGUCACAAGAUCCACAGCCCAAAAGAAUAGCGUAAUUGAGGGUAAUCAUGAUUUGUGAAUUCACCAGUAACGUGAAUCACGAGAUCAUCCUAUGUUAGGAAAUUGGACACGGAAGGAUCAAGGCUAUCUCUACUGGUACCUUGCAACUCUGCUUUUGCAAAGAAAGAUAGCGUGACAUCGUGACAGAGGUGUGAAGGGGACGAACGUGACCGUAAAUAACUCCAACAGUUUAACUCUGUGCUAUAGAUAUGAAAUGAUCUAAUAACUAAUAAGGUGCAUAACUUGAAAGUCAAACUGAUAACGAUUAUUUAGUUCAAAGCUUAUCACUAAGGUACCAUCCACAUUACGCCUAAUAAAUUUCAAGCGGCGAAGUAAGUCUGCCGACGCAACGAAAGUCUACCGUUCACAGUAGAAAACAGAUAAUUUUUCUGUCCACACUAGAAAACAAAGAGAGUUUUUCAGUUCACACUGCAGUGAUCACCGGCGGUAGAAAAGCUUGACUGCAACCUUGGGCCGCAUUCGUGUGAGAAAGGUCGUCAGUAUCUGAGCAACUGCGCACUAACCCCUCCCUAACCCAACAUUAACCCCAUAUUGUUGUCAUUUGACUGUUGUUGGGAGGGGUGGGUGCACAUUUGCUCAGAUAAUGACACUGAUCCGAAAGGUCUAAUCAUUCCCCUGGAAAACUACAAAGUGCAGUCUAGUCGUUUUCGAAAUGUUCGUUUUAAAGAUCCACAACAGGACUAGACGAUGACUAUCAAAUUUAUCCACUUUAAAGAGCAUUUUGAAAAGGCGCUGUUUCUUAGUUUACUCCAGGUUCUUCUGGAUCCGUGUGUUCCCUGGACGUAGUAUACAUAGAGUUGUAUUUUUUAAUUUAUUCGGCGUAUUGUGAAGAGGCCUUUAGAUUUACUCAACAGCUAUUCAGAAGUCAUUAGAGUGAAUCUCUGUCUCUGAACAGUUCACGUCCUUUUUAAAUCAAAAUGUGUAAUAUGAAAUCUUCUAUCGCGAUUUUCUAAGUGUAUGAAGUUAUCAGGAAGACUUUAAUUCAAUCGUCAUUAGAAACGUUUCAACUAUCAGUGGCCGUGAUCUGAUUCUUACAGUCCAUGUAUAAUAUAACAAAUGAUUAAGAUUAUUACACGACUCGGGCAGUCAGAGGGCCAAUAACAAAAAUCAACCAAUCAAAAUGCUCUAUUGCCGGUC